AUGAAAGUCAAGAAAAUCUUCAAUCCUUAGAAAACAAUUAGCGAAAUUAUUAAGCAAGUGAGAGCUAGUCCUUAAUAAGAAUAAAAAGCCAUUUUAAGCUAUUAACUUGAAGAAAUUAAAAAAGAACUUAAAGCCUCUGACCCAAAAACACUUCAAAUUGCAUUGCAAAAGCUAUUCUUUCUUAAAAUGGAAGGAGUUGAUUUGAGAUAGUUAGACUUUUUGAUAGUCAAUUGUCUUAGUUGCUCAUCUUUUGGACCUAAAAAAAUGGCUUGCUUAUAGGUACCUGUUUGUAUUGAUCCUUCAAGCCAAAGUCUUUUUAUGGCAACAAAUCUGUUUAAAAAGGAAAUUAUGAAAUCUAACCACGUUGAGGUUUCUUGUAUACUCAGCUGCGUUACUAAUAUAGUUACUGCAGAUAUGGGUCCAAUUUUGAUUGAAGAUUCUAUAAAAAUAUUAAAAAGCAAUAAACCAAUACUUAGAAAGAAAGCCAUGGCGUUAGUUGCAAAAAUUUUUUAAGUAUGCCCUUAAACUAUCCAAGGAAAUUUAGAAAACAUUUUGGACUCAAUUAUUUUAAAAGAAGACAAUCCAACUGUAUUGGCAUGCUUUACAAGUAUAGUUAAUAGUGUGUUAAAUGUUUAGCCAAAACUCUUUCCAUUAUUCAUCAAACCUCUUUAUGAACUAAUAAAUAAACAAAAAUCUAAUUGGUUCUUGAUUAAAAUGGUUAAAACAUUCCACAAAAUGAUAAGACUUGAACCCCGUUUAGUUAAAAAAUUGUAAGAAAUAUAUAGCAAUCUUCUUACAACAACAAAUUCAAAAGCAUUGGAAUAUGAAUUACUAAAUUCAGUCAUUGAAUUCUUUAAGGAAGAUGCCAGUUUAUAUGAUUUAGCCUGCGAAAAAGUAAAAAUUUUUAUAGAGCAUGACGACGCAAAUUUGCAAAGCUUAGGAUUCAACCUUUUAAAUAAAAUGAUUUCUACUAAUCAAGUCAUGAUCAACGAAUACAAAAGCUUUUUAAUGGAAACACUUGAUGGAACAAGCGAUGCUUACACAAAACUCUAAAUAUUAGAUAUCUUUUAGAAUUUUAUGAACAAAUAAAUUUAUGAAGACUUUAUAGAAAUAGUACUGAAGCAAAUUGUAAUCAAGCAGUAGAAUAAAUCAAAAAGAACAGAAUCUGCCCAAUUCAUGAGACUCUAAAGGAGAAGUAUUUCUUGUAUAAUUGCAUGCACCAAAGCAAAUGACUAUGAAUAUGUUAGCGAUUAUGACUGGUUGAUAGAAACUGUUGUUUCAUGCUUAAGUAAAAAUGUACUUUCUGCAGAAAAUGCUCUCGAAAUUUAAAAUAUGAUAUAUGAUAUAAUGGUAAGAAUAGAUGGAUUGAGUAAGACAAUAUUUUCAUUGUCGUAUUAGGUUAUAAGUGAAUUAAGCCAUUUAAUGCUUAACUAAUCUGAUGAAACGUUUAAUUAUUUUAGAAUCAAAACAAUUGAAGCUAACGAUUAAAAAAUUAGUAAUUCACCUAUCACUGCUUAGGAAAUUAUAUUCUAAACAUUUAUGUUUAUUGUGGGAGAAUACUCAUAAUUAAUGAAAGAUAGUAAUGAGGUAAUGAAAUUGCUAAAUCUUUUAAAUAAUGUUUAACUUCUUUAAGUUUUUGAAUAGUCAUCUUACGAAAUACAAACUGCUCUUCUCAAAUGUUUAGUGAAAUAUUCACAAAAAAUUCAAAACUUGGAGAAAAAUGAGGAGUUUUAACAAAUUUUAUUAAAAUCUAUUGAAAUAUUGAUUAAGCUAUAACAAAUAAAAGGAAUAAAUUUUGAGCUUGAUAUUAGCCAAAAUCUUUUAUUAAGAAUUGUAAAUCCCUAAAAUGAAAGUCUUAACAACUUAGUUUAGUAGAUACCUUCACAAAUUGAAAAAAAUAUUAUUGAAAGCAUAAGUAAUUUGAAUUCAAUUCUAAUAGACUUUGAGCCCAUUCAUCCUGAUGCUUAAAAGUAUAUUGCCCCUUUGGUAGAUCUUAACGAACCUGUUUAAAAAAAUUAAGAGGAAAUUGAUAAGAUUAGUUAAAAAUGUAAAGAAUUUUUAAGUGUAUAAGGAAGAAUUAAAGAAUAGCAAGAGCAAAGCAAAGAGAAAUUAUAGGAGAGUAAAGAAGAAGAAAAAUUAAAUUAAAAUGGCGAAAAUAAGAGCGAUGAAAAUAAUCCUGAAAAUGGUAAAACAUUAAAAAAUAAUGAAAAAUAAAUAGAUGCUAAUCCUGAAACUACAGAAUUAACUGAAAAUCAAGUUUAGAAAUAAGAGCCAUAAUAAGCAAAAUAUACAGUAAAGAAAUUUUAAAUGCCAAGUAUUGCUAAUGGAGGAUAAUAAUAUAAUGCUUUGUAAGAAGAGAAUGAUGCAGAUAAUUCUUGA